UCUUUCCAUCAUUUUUUGACAGCCUAAGUUCUUAAUUGAAAACCCAAAAUUUUGAGCUCAUGCAAUCGACAAAUUCAAGAACCCAUCCAUCAAAUCAACUUCCAAAAAACAAGUGGCACCUUUGAAAAGCAAAAAUCUAUUUUUUCCUUUUCAGUUUUCACAAUAAAGCAUCAAGAUAGAAACGAAGCACAAUGCAGGGUACAACAUGAGAAGUGAGAUUGGAGGAGCAAAACUUACGUUCUGGGAAAAGCAGUCGAAUAGUCGAACCGAGCAGAGCAGAGAGAGAUUUAGGUCUUCAAUGGAGGCUCGGAGAGGCCACUGGCUAGGUUUCGAACCACUGAAACUGGGUUAGGGCUCGAUGACCUGUUGCAAUUGCACCCUCUUUUUUCUUCAUUCAAAUAGAGUUUCACCAUGCUUCCCACUGAUGUAACUGCUUCCUCCCCCGAAAAGAAGUACUCGUCCCUGAUUUCCAAGUGCAUCACAACGAAAAGUUUCAAGUUUGGCAAGGCCCUGCACUGUCACCUCAUAAAAACCGCGCUUUUUUUCGACCCUUUUCUCACCAACGGUCUCAUCGAUGUGUAUUCCAAGUGCUGCUGUGUAGAGAGUGCCGAGAAGGCCUUCGAUGAUCUUCCCAAUAAGACCACACGCUCGUGGAACACGCUCAUCUCUCUGUACUCCAAAAUGUGUCUUUUCGAUAAAGCAUAUAACCUGUUCGAUAAAAUGCCUCACCGAAACCUUGUCAGCUAUAACUCGCUUAUAUCCGGUUCUACACGCCACGGGUUUCACAGAGAAUCGGUUAGUCUUUUCCGGACGAUGCAAGUGGAUAGUGAUUAUCUGAUGUUGGAUGAGUUCACGCUUGUUAGCGUAGUUGGGAGCUGUGCUAGUUUAGGUAACCUUAAAUGGCUCCACCAAGUUCAUGGGGUGGCAGUUAUAGUUGGCAUAGAGGGUAACAUGAUCCUUAGCAACGCUCUAAUCGAUGCCUAUGGAAAAUGCGGCAAGCCAAAUUCGUCGUAUUCCGUGUUCUGUUGGAUGCAAGAGAAUGAUGUUGUGUCUUGGACAUCUAUGGUUGUGGCUUAUGCUCGGGCAUCUAAAUUGGACGAGGCUUGUAGGGUGUUCCACAACAUGCCGUUUAGGAAUACUAUUUCUUGGACUGCUUUGAUCACUGGUUUUGCUAGGAACCGACGUUGCAGCGAAGCUUUGAAUCUUUUUAAACAAAUGCUGGAAGAGGGUGUGAAUCCAAAUGCUCAAACAUUUGUAAGUGUUUUAGGUGCUUGUGCAGACGAGGCUCUUAUAGGAAGAGGUAAAGAAGUCCAUGGUAAGAUUAUAAGAUAUAGCAAUAGUGAGAAAAACUUGUUUAAUGUGUACUUAUAUAAUGCUUUGAUUGAUAUGUAUGGGAAGUGUGGGGAUAUGAAAUCAGCUGAAAUUCUGUUUGAGAUGGCUCCUAUGAGGGAUUUGGUAUCUUGGAAUACAUUGAUAACUGGAUUUGCACAGAAUGGUUAUGGGCAUGAAUCAAUGGUUGUCUUUAGAAGGAUGAUGAUAGAAACCAACUUGAAGCCUAAUUAUGUGACUUUUCUUGGAGUGAUAUCUGGCUGUAGCCAUGCAGGUCUAGUCCAUCAGGGUUUAGAGUUGCUGGAUUUGAUGGAACUGCGAUAUAGCGUUAAGCCUAGUCCUGAACAUUAUGCUCUGCUAAUUGAUUUGCUUGGGAGAAAAAACAGACUCAAGGAAGCUGUGGAUUUAAUUGAGAAAACGCCUAGCAGAAUUAGGAACCACAUUGCAGUGUGGGGGGCAGUGUUGGGUGCUUGUCGAGUUCAUGGCAACUUGGAUCUUGCUAGAAGGGCUGCAGAAGCUUUGUUUGAGUUGGAACCUGAGAACACAGCAAGAUAUGUCAUGUUAUCAAACAUUUAUGCCGCGUCUGGCAGAUUCGACAAUGCUGAUAAAAUUAGGAGGAUAAUGAAGGAGAAAGGUUUAAAGAAAGAAGCAGCUCAUAGUUGGAUUGAGUUAAGGGAUGCAAGACAUGAGUUUGUGGCUAAGGACAAAUUCCAUCCACAGAUUGGUGAGAUAUGUGAAAUAAACAAUAAGCUAGUUUAUCAUCUGAAGGAUGCAGGAUAUCAGCCUUUUAGUGAUUACCCUCUUCUUCCUGAUGAGGAUGAUGAUUUCUACUUUAGUAUUUAGUGUUACUUCUUUUUAAAAUUUAUCUAACGGCUAUGACUAGAAAUUCUUUAAUAAAUUAUUGUCAC